GGCCCUUUGUAUUUUGUUCCAGACGCAGACCCAGCGACUGCACUGAACCAGAAACUGUCUCAAUAUUUCAAAAUAUCAAAUGGAUCAGUGAUGGUAGACGGAGAAGAAUGGUUUGAAAUCAUUCUUUGGAUGUUAUUGAACAGGAUGUCAUCUAUUGCGCUAGAUAAUGAUGAGAGCUUAUUCAAUGAUAACGGGUUGCUCCACGAAUGGAAAGGAUUGACAAGGGACGACCACAGGAUCCUUUCAUUCUGUAUAUGGGUACAUCAUUUGUUGAACUACCAAGAAGACAAUCGUCUCACUUCAGAGGAGCUGAGAAUGUUUGCUCGGAAUGUGGUUGGACAUGAUGCAAAUAUCCAAAGGGUCUUUGGAUUGACGAUUCUUCGAGGUGCAAUUGAAGGUAAAACCAGCAUCCAAAUUUUGUGCAUUAAGCUGCUACCGGAUCUGGCUGGUAGAGCAAGUCUCACUGAUCAGUAUUCUUGGGUCCGGGCCGCUGCUUUGGAAGCAUUUGCAGCUCUUUCACAACACUGUGAGUGGGCAUGGAUACAAACACGAUAUCAUUCUCACAACCCUCUAGCCGAAACACGAUUAGAACUCAUACAACAUAUCCCAAAGGUCGUUGCAUGUCUCACUGAUCAGGAUUCAGACGUCCGGUCCGCUGCUUUGAAAGCAUUUGCAGCUCUUUCACAACACUCCGAAACACGACCAGAACUCAUACAACACGUCUCGAAGGUCGUCGCAUGUCUCACUGAUCAGGAUCAUUGGGUCCAAUCCACCGCUUUGAAUGGAUUUGCAGCACUUUCACAACACUGUGAUCCUCUAGCCGAAAUACGAUCUGAACUCAUACAACAUAUCCCAAAGGUCAUCACAUGUCUCACUGAUCAGUGUCCAAAUGUCCGAUCUGGCGCUUUGAAAGCAUUUGCAGCUCUUUCACAACACUGUGAGUGGGAUUCAGACAUCCGGUCUGCCGCUUUGAAAGCAUUUGCAGCUCUUUCACGACACUCCAAAAUACAAUCGGAACUCAUACAACAUAUCCCGAAGGUCAUCGCAUGUCUCACUGAUCAGGAUGAGAGGAUCCGGUACACCGCUUUGAAUGCAUUUUCAGCCCUUUCACAACACUGUGAGUGGCCAAAAUACGAUCAGAACCAGUACAACAUAUCCCAAAGGUCGUUGCAUGUCUCACUGAUCAGGAUUGUAGAUCCUCUAGCCGAAAUACGAUCUGAACUCAUACAACAUAUCCCAAAGGUCAUCACAUGUCUCACUGAUCAGUGUCCAAAUGUCCGAUCUGGCGCUUUGAAAGCAUUUGCAGCUCUUUCACAACACUGUGAGUGGGUUGUUGCAUGUCUCACUGACCAGGAUUCAGAUGUCCGAUCUGCCGCUUUGAAAGCAUUUGUAGCUCUUUCACAACACUGUGAGUGGGUCAUCACAUAUCUCACUGAUCAGCAUCCAAAUGUCCGAUCUGCCACUUUGAAUGCACUUGCAGCUCUUUCACAACACUGUGAGUGGCUCAUACAACAUAUCCCAAAGGUCAUCACAUAUCUUACUGAUCAGUAUCCAAAUGUCCGAUCUGCCACUUUGAAUGCACUUGCAGCUCUUUCACAACACUGUGAGUGGCUGAAAUACGAUCAGAGCUCAUACAACAUAUCCCGAAGGUUGUCACAUGUCUCACUGAUCAGGAUGGGAGGGUCCGCCGAAACACGAUCAGAACUCAUACAACAUAUCCCGAAGGUCAUUACAUGUCUCACUGAUCAGAGUUCAGACAUCCUGUUUGCCACUUUGAAAGCAUUUGGAGCUCUUUUGCAACACUGUGAGUGGAACUCGUACAACAUAUCCCAAAGGUCAUCACAUGUCUCACUGAUCAGGAUUGGAGGGUCCGCCGAAACACAAUCAGAACUCAUACAACAUAUCCCAAAGGUCAUCACAUGUCUCACUGAUCAGGAUUCAGACGUCCGGUCUGCUGCUUUGAAUGCAUCUGCAGCUCUUUCACAACACUCCGAGUUUGUACUUGAAACUGACAAACUACGAACUAUUUUUGGAUAUCUCCAUCAUUCGAGCGGUGCCUUGGUCUGUGCAGCCAUCAAUGUCACAGGACAAAUUGCGGCACAUAGUGACUUGCUCGGGCAUGCAAAAUUUGAUGUUCGAGCCACCUCUGUUACCGUAUUGUGCAGGAUGGCACAAACAGGUUUGUCGAUUCGUUCAUUGUUGACAAGGCUGAAACAGUAUCCAGACGAUUUCAAACCAAUUAUUGAGACUGAAGCGUCAAAGAUCGCCAAGUUGCUCGUGAUUGAAGUAUCCCCCUUUUCGCCACUGACUCGAUAUAAAGACAUAUGGAAGCCGAUCAUUGCGGACGCUGUGGCGGAAUACGGCCACCUUCUAAGCGAGGAAGAAUCAUCAAUGCUGAGCGUCGAGCCUAUUAUACCAAAUGGAGACAGAAGAGCGACGAGAGCUGGAACAGUGAAUUCGUUGGACAGAAUCCAAGUGCAGGCUCACCGAUACGACUCGCGUCCUUGUUCAUUUCCUGAUCAGGAUGGCUAUGAUCAGGAUGGAUAUGAUCAGGAUGGCUAUGAUCAGGAUGGCUAUGAUCAGGAUGGCUAUGAUCAGGAUGGCUAUGUAAACUUCAUGUGA